GUUAUGUAGAAGAAAGGAUAGGUGACGGGUGGUCAAUCCCUUUUUUUUUUUUAUUUUCGAGAUGAUGAAAGAGGGCCAAAAGCUGAAUUGCGAAAAUUAGUGAAAGAAGGCAAUUGUUCAUAUAAAAAUAAAUAUGUAGUAUUUGGACUGACGAGAAAUCUGUGAUCGAAUAAUUAAAAAAUUUAAAUGAGUGAUAAAUAUUGGCAGAAAUUAAUUUUUGUAAGAUUGGAGUUUGGUAUUUGGCAGGCCAUGCGAAAAUUUUGGUCUUGUUAAUUAUUUAUUUUUUUUUAUUUUUAAGUUCAGGCGGCGCAUAAGUCGCUACGCAGAAAACAGCGGCGUAAAUGUCGCAGAUCCCCUUAACACACUUCCAAUACAUACUCCACAUUUUCUGUUAUUGCAGAAUUUUCUUCAAAUUCAUUAACGAAUUUCGAAAAAAUAGUCCGUUGACGUAAGGUCCAUUGACGGAAAUUCUAUUGACGAAAAGUCGUUAUUGAUUUUGCUUUGUUUACGAAGAAUUUCAGAUUUUUUAUUGUUAGAUCAAUCAACUAUAAUUAUUUAAAAAAUGAGUUCUCUUGAAGAACAAUUAGCGCUAUUUGAAAAAGAAGUGCUUGCAAGUGAUAAUGAAGCUAAAUCAAGUAAUUCUAAUUUGCCUUUAACAAAGGGAGCAAAACAAGAUGCCCCGAUACAGGCUCCCGAUAUUGGUGGUUCUCGCCCUGCUACAUCGGUAAAAUUUAUGCCACAUCAGCUUCAAAAAGUUAGUUUUACGAGUGGACGUGUUCCAUUUCCCCCACAUUUACAACCUCCAUCUGUUCCAACGGUAAUCGAGUCGGGGCCAACGCUUUAUGCUAAUGCAGUCCCUAAUGCUUCUACUCAACAGAAUAAGCCAGAACCGAGCUCUAGUGGUACUUCAAAUACUCCAAUCUCUUAUAAUAGUGCGCAGCAACAAAAUUUUCGAACACAGGCUUUACCUUCUGAUGUUGAAUUACUUUUAGCUAGAAAACAAGCAACAAAGGCCCAUGAAAAUAGUUAUUUGGGUGCAGUGCUUCGUGGUGAAAAGAAAAUGAAGCGUUUUGUUCGUUGCUGUGGUGGACAGGUUUGGGAAGAUGCUUCGAUGGCUGAAUGGGAUCCGAAUGAUUUUCGUAUUUUUUGUGGUGAUCUAGGAAAUGAAGUAUCUGAUGAAUUAUUGGCUAAAGCUUUUAGAAAAUUUCCAAGUUUUCAAAAGGCUAAAGUUUGCCGUGAUAGUCGAACAAAUAAAUCAAAAGGUUUUGGAUUUGUCUCUUUCAAAAAUCAAGAGGAUUUUAUUCGUGCAAUGAAAGAAAUGGAUGGAAAAUAUGUUGGAAAUAGGCCUAUAAAAUUAAGAAAAAGUAAUUGGAAGGAUAGAAAUUUGGAUAUUGUCAAGAAGAAAACAAAAGAAAAAAAGAAAUUGGGAUUACUUUAA